CAAAUAUCAGAAUAAUAAUAUUGCCAAUGAAUUUGAAAGCUGUUGAACAUGAAGGCGAAUUUAAUGAGUAAGAUGAGGAGGAAGAAAAUCAAUCUUUGGAAAGCAAUUUAGCAAAGUAAACUACAAUAGACAUUGAGUAAAUUAAGAACUUUGAGGAUUUCAAGUUAGUCUUAGUAUAAUUAGAUGAGCAAAGAAUUUUAUCUUUAAAAUAAUAGAGUGAAGAAUCUAUGUAUUGUAUUUAACUAAAAAAGAUUAAAGUAGGCUUAAAUAUUGGAUGAUAUUGAAUUAAUUAAAAAAGAAAAAUAAAAGGAACAAAUUCAAUACAUAUAAAAAAUAUUCUCUUUGGUACCUCAAUAUAAUACCAAAUUGUAAUAAAUUUCUAAUCUAAAAACAUCAAUAAGAGGACUAUUGGAAAAGAUAAAACGAAAGAAAAAAAUUGAUUGA